AUGCCCGUGUCCAUAUCCCCAGCCCAGCCCAAAGAUGCAGUCGACAUCGCCGCCCUACAUGUCCAAGCGUUCAGCUCCAACGCCCUCAUGCGAGCCAUCUACCCCACCCCUGCUAUAUGGGCAGCACUUCAGGGCUGCGUCGAAGAAAAAAUCUUAGCUGACAUGAAGGAGCCCAAAAUUACAGUCCUAGUCGCCAAACACACGGACGAGGCUGAAGUGAGGGAAGAGCAAGGUAAGACUGUAGGCUAUGCCGUGUGGUGCCAUCCGAUCAAGGCCGAAGAGCAGGACUGGAAACUACCAACUUGGAAGUUGCCGGAGGGCACUGAUUGGAAUGUGUUGAAGCCUUGGUUAGCGGCCGCUGGAAAGACUGUGGAGGAAGUCAUUGGGCAUACGCCGCAUUAUGGUACCUUGCUACUGCGUUGGGGCAUGGACUUGUGCGAGAAGGAAGGGGUGCCUGUGUACUUGGACAGUACCGUUGAAGCUGCGCAGACGUUUUAUCAGAAAGCGGGCUUCAUAGAGAGGGGUAGAAUCAGGUUGGUAGUUAAUGGGGACAUGUACGAGGAGGUCGCUUUUGUGUACGAGCCCAAGCGAUAG